GCCCCAGCUCCUAGAGAGUUUCUCAGAAAACAGGGUGGAGGAGUUUCUCUAGCCCUUUAAAUGGCUGACUGGCACUUUAGCUCACACUGUUUUCUCACACUUUCUUAUAUUUGGAUUUUCAGUUUUGUACGUGUUGAGAACAAGUUCAUGGUUGUAGCAGAGAGUCUUGGAAUGUAGCUGAGCUGACUAUUUGGACAGGGUCGUCAUCAGUUGUGGUAUGUGGAGAGAGGCUGGAUGAAGUAUUUCUUGAGUCCUCAGCUGAAGAAAGUGGYUGACUUUCUGUAUUCUGUGUCAUUUGUUUUGCACCACCUCAUGGUACAACUACAACGCUAACGGGAUGUCCCAUUUUGAACGCUCAGAGAGGGGGGGACGACAAGGUCACUGGAGGAGAAGGCAGCAUCACUGGAAUGGACCGGAUCACUUCCACAAUGACAACAGGGGUCCAGUGUUCCAGCAGUAUGAUGGUUAUGCUGGCCCUGUGGGGUUCAGGGUAGGCCCCCGGCCUUUUCCUCCUGUAGGGAGACACAAUGGACACACAGGGGCGCUGGACGAGCUCACACUCAAACAUAUGGCCCAGGACUGCAGCUCAGUGAAAAACCAGCUGCUUACACUCAAGAGUUUAUUACAGAUGGAGGACGGUGGCCCAGAGGUUGUUGGGGGCAGUGAAGAGGAUAACAGCAUGACCCUACAGUUGGAGGAGCUAAUGAAGGAGGUGUGGAAGCUCAGGGAGGAGCUGAGGAAUAAGGAGAGGACAAUCGCUCAGCUGACACUACAGCAACAGCAGCUACAGCAACAGGGGCCUGCUCAUGCUGCUCAGUCCGGGAGGUGUCACUGCCACCAGAGGUCACCGUCACUCGGGGGGGACAGACGAACGCACCACGACAAAGCCACACAGACCUCAUGGAGAGGACAAGGACACAGCCAAGCCCCACAAAUACAGCCUUCCAGCCCCAGCCACCACGAGCACCUCACCCAAGAAAGACUAGUAAAAACAGCCCACACCGAGGGCCACAGUGACCCCCAGAGAGGGRGGAGGACCAGGGGAGAUGGAUCCCACUGCACAGACUCUGACACACCCACUGGAAGCCCGGCCAUGGGUGUGGACACUCCACCAGUGCCUUACCCAGAUGAAUUGAGUGUGCUGCUUAGCACCCAGCUCAACAACCAUGUCAGAGAGGGUCCUGGAACCAGCCCCAGUCCCACCCAGGGGCUUGCUGCAGCCAGCAGACCAACACCAGGAGCUCUGUCCAGGCCAGAGGGAGGGCAGCAAGCCUCUCCAUUGGGGCCACAGGGCCCUGGCUGCCCUCGCAUCCUGCAGCCGCCACGCCUCCACAAGCGUGUGUCCAUCCCGGCUCUGCCUCAUGGGGGCACUAAUGGCUCUCUUCUUCGAUCGGGGUCUUCAGCGCUGCUGGCCAACCACAGGACCAAGCAGCUGCCGCCUCCCUCCAGGGGCUUGCCCUGCUUCAACUCUGGUCCCCAGGCGGUGAGCCCGUCUCUGGACCAUGGGGUGCUCGCUAAGCCCCGGGCUCUGGGGGUCAGGAGGGAACUUGGGAGAACCAGCCCUCCUAGCCCUAGUCUGGAAAGGCCRGACCUGGGACUGCUCAGAGCCAGAGUCCUGGUUCCCCCCAGCCUCUCAUUCAUCCCCAUGCCAAAAAUCCACUGAAGAGUUCACAUAAUCAAACAUGACAUGUUAUAUACUGUAUAACAUCCCUCCUCUUCCACCUGCUCAUUGUUCCUGCUCACCAUGUGUGUGUCCAUGUGUGCCAACAGCUCCUUAUGGACAUUCAGGAACUGCCCUUAACUAUUGUUUGAACUUCUGCUGAACUGAACAGAAUAUGUAGCAUAGUCCUGUCUUAAAAUUUACAAAAUGCAAAGGUACAGUGCACAUCUAUUCAAAAUGGCUCCCACAGGUUAUGACUGAGAUACACUGAAGGACUGUUUUAUCCUUUAUAAAAUGUCCAGUCACUUGCUUGGCAGCCUUUAAUUGCACAUUGUCUUAUGCAGAAAAAGAAUGACUAACAAUCAUAGUUUCUCUUUGCUAAUCUCUCACAUGUACUGUACAUGUUUUUUUAAAGAAUGUUCCACUCAACUCUAUUCAAACUCACAUGGGUCCUUCCAUUGAAACAGCAGCACAUGGUUUGACUACAGGCUUACAUGACCUCAGAAAUGUUCAAUUCCUCCCAGAGCGUAAAAAAUAGAAUGAAAGAAAAAAAGCAGAUUGGGGAAAGAAAUACAGAGUGGAGUUUUCUGCUUAAACAGGGAAAUGGGUUGAAAGAACAAUCAUUCACUAGAAAGUUUCAAGUAUUUCCUCUAGAAUAUGUCCUUCCACUAAACUCCCUGAUGUACCUCUUUCAGACCAAGUGACAGGUACCACUAAACUCCCUGAUGUACCUCUUUCAGACCAAGUGACAGGCACCACUAAACUCCCUGAUGUACCUCUUUCAGACCAAGUGACAGGUACCACUAAACUCCCAGAUGUACCUCUUUCAGACCAAGUGACAGGUACCACUAAACUCCCUGAUGUACCUCUUUCAGACCAAGUGACAGGCACCACUAAACUCCCUUAUGUACCUCUUUCAGACCAAGGGGCAUGCACCACUAAACUCACAGUGAACUCCUGAACACUGAGUAACAUAGGUUUACCAUAUAGUAUCUACUAGAUAGUUUUGGUUCGGUAAUGGACUGAUUAAGACAACAUUAUUGAACAUCACUUCAUUACAUUUAGGCUACUUUAGAUACUAUCAUUUAAAUAUUUAGCACCCAUAAUUCGACCACAAAGGAUUAAGAUCACUUUUUUUUUAAAGUGUGCACAUACAGUCACACGAGGAAUCUUUGCUCAAGCAUAAACACAAUUACAACUCUCGCACAACUCUCCUGAAUAAAACACAGUUCAUCUUGUAGUCCUGUUCCACCUCUGAGGAAAGAUGUUGGGGCACUAAUUMGGACUGUACUGUAUGUGAGUGAGUGUGCAAGUUUGUGUGUCUGUCUGUUGCUCCUCCUUUCCUCUGUGAGGUUUUAGUGUGUUUUGAGUUAUAAGGGCUUAGUUCAGUUUGAGGAUUUGAGGAGUUUGAGGGUUGUGUUUAUCUCCUUUUCAGAACAGUGGUUAAUGUUUGGAUGCCUCUAGAAAUGGAGAGUGUGUUAAAUGGUUUCUGAUAGAGACUAUGGCAGCUUCCAUGCAUGGGGGCUAUGGCUGUAGGUUUAUGACUGUGUCACUCUCUGUUUUACAGUACCCAAUAAUACAUACUACACAUGCACACAUGGAAAAAAAAGCAUACACACAAUUCUGGAGAGUCCCCAGGGACAUUGAUCCAUCUGUCCCCUACAGCAAAACAAGAUGGCUGCCUGUGUGUGUGGGUGUG